AUGCACCACGCCAGCGUACGGUCGAGAGAGCUGGCCAGAAUUUCGAAACCCUGCGAUGGAACGCCCGAUUUGAAAUCCGACGCUGGCGGCGGCUUCAAAUGGCUCGUUUUCAAAUCCACGACUGCCACAGCCCAAAGCGAGAGGGAGGGCACGGGCAGCAGCGCACCAGCGCAGCCUGAGAUCAUCGUCGCCUUCAGCCCAGCCAGAGCGCAUCCGCUGUUUCAUCGUCAUCAUUCUCCUCCUCACCACCACGACAUCCACCCUCGCGUCACCACCAUCACCUCCUCACUCCCCUCUUCCACCAUCAUCAUGAUCGGCCAGAACGUCGCUCGCGCCUCGCGAAGCAGCCUCCGCGCUGCCUCCCUCCUCGGCCGACGAACCAUGGUCACGCAGGAGGAGCGAUGGACGCUCGAAAACGCCCGCAACGCCGGCUCCUUCAUCGAGGGCCCCAACAAGGUCCAGCUCAGCCACGUCGUCCCCAACAUCGAGGCAUCCUGGAAGUCGCUCUCCAAGGAGGAGCAGUACGGCGUCUUCCGCCAGUUGGAAGAGCUCCAGAGGAAGGACUGGAAGGAGCUCAGCGUCGAUGAGAAGAAGGCUGCCGCGUCAAUCGUGCCGCACCAAGGGCGACAAAGCCUGGACAUCGGCUUGAACCCAGCAAUGCGCACAGCUUGGUCCUCAGCUUCGCCGUCAUCCACUCCACCGCUCGCGUCCUGGCUGCGUCAUCAAUCCAGGCGUGACCCUUGCGACACCUCUCCAUACUUUGUCUCGUUCGGCCCCCACGGUCCCCGCAAGCCCAUCACCGCCUCCGGCCAGGGCGCAAAGACCUUUGCCGGCGUCGUGGCCGCUCUCGGUGUCACCACCGGUGUCUUCUACCUCAUGCGUGCCAACGGCGGCGCCCCCGUCAAGACCAUGACCAAGGAGUGGCAAGAGGCCUCCAACGAGAUCGCGCUCGAACAGAAGCAGAACCCCAUCACCGGUAUCGCCAGCGACAACUACAAGGGCAAGGGUCACGUUCAGUCCGCAUAA